UGUCAUCAUUAGUGAGGGCCCACCACUACUGUCAAGCAAAAGCAUUUUUGCUGGAGAGUCUAACCAUUUUAUUUUAGUUAAUAAAAUACAUAUAUUUCCACUCUUUUUUUCCGUUGUACGCGCGUGCGAAAAGGAAAAGUGCAAGUGUGUCCAUCGAGCAAUAAUAUUCGAUUGGAAGGAAGUGAUUCGAGCGGAUCCGUGCGACGAAAUUUUCCCCGUUUCGUUUUUCGUUCGUUCGUGCGUUUUUUUUUUUUCUCCACUCUCUCGGCCAAGCAGCAGCAGCAGCAGCAGUACCAGUACCAGCACCAGCGUAUUGUAAAAAAAAUUUUUUUGAGACCUUGAGAAAACACCCAGCACGACGAUAUUCCAACUGCUGAAAAAACAAAAGAAAUUAAGAAACGAAACGGUUAUAUUCGUUCGCUUCUGUUUCUCCAUCAAGUGAUAGCGUUAGAGACCCAGUGCUUCAACGGAGCAGCCAGAGGGCAGAGGAGGAGCAGAGAAGCCAGCCAAGAUGGACAAGAUGCGGAUAUUGAAGGAAAGCCGCCCCGAGAUAAUCGUCGGUGGCAAAUAUCGUGUUAUCAGAAAGAUUGGUAGCGGAUCGUUUGGUGAUAUCUAUCUGGGAAUGAGCAUCCAGAGCGGCGAGGAGGUGGCCAUCAAAAUGGAGAGCGCCCAUGCCCGUCAUCCCCAGCUGCUGUACGAGGCCAAGUUGUAUCGGAUUUUGAGCGGAGGCGUUGGCUUUCCCCGCAUCCGUCAUCACGGCAAGGAGAAGAACUUUAAUACACUGGUUAUGGAUCUGCUUGGACCAUCGCUCGAGGAUCUAUUCAAUUUUUGUACACGCCACUUUACCAUUAAGACGGUUCUGAUGCUGGUGGAUCAAAUGAUCGGACGACUCGAGUAUAUUCAUUUAAAAUGCUUCAUUCAUCGCGACAUUAAGCCGGAUAACUUUUUAAUGGGCAUUGGUCGGCAUUGCAAUAAGCUAUUCCUGAUCGAUUUUGGACUGGCGAAGAAGUUCCGUGAUCCCCACACACGCCACCACAUCAUAUACCGUGAGGACAAAAAUCUAACCGGCACCGCCCGCUAUGCCUCGAUUAAUGCCCAUUUGGGCAUUGAACAAUCACGUCGCGACGACAUGGAGUCCCUUGGCUACGUAAUGAUGUACUUUAAUCGCGGCGUCCUGCCAUGGCAGGGCAUGAAGGCAAAUACAAAGCAACAGAAGUACGAGAAGAUCUCCGAAAAGAAAAUGUCAACGCCCAUCGAGGUCCUGUGCAAGGGCUCGCCGGCCGAGUUCUCCAUGUAUCUGAACUAUUGUCGUAGCCUGCGCUUCGAGGAGCAGCCGGAUUACAUGUACCUACGCCAAUUGUUCCGCAUACUGUUUAGGACACUGAACCAUCAGUAUGACUAUAUCUACGACUGGACAAUGCUGAAGCAGAAGACCCACCAGGGUCAGCCGAACCCAGCUAUACUCCUGGAGCAAUUGGACAAGGACAAGGAGAAGCAGAACGGCAAGCCCCUGAUCGCAGACUAAGAUAGGAAGGACGACGGAAUAAAGAGGAGGAGACAGGAGACAGGAGACAGGAGGAGCCGGAAGAUAAGGAGGAGUUGCAGUAGGAGUAGGAGGAUGAGAAAGGUGGGGGACGAAAAGUUAAAAAAAAAAAAAACACGAGAAGCCGAUACUGAAAACAAAAAAGAAAUAAUAAGAAGAAAUGAAAUAACAUCAUGUGGGAGAAUAGGAUGUUUCUUAAUAUUAAUUGAAAAAUUCAAUACUAAACAAAUAAGAAGAAACCACAAAAACAAAAACAUAAACAAAAACAAAAACACAGACAGCAACAACUGCAACAGCUGCAACAAAAAAAAGAAAAACAUAAAAUAAUGAAAAAAGAAAAGGCCCCAUCAGGUGUGAAUUGGGAGAAAAAAAAAACAAUUAAUAAUGACUCCAAAAUUUGAAUUAAAUUUCAAAAAGAAAGAAAGGAAAAAAAAAAUAAUAAUAAAUUUCAAUUCACACCUCGAACCCAAUACACUCGCUCACUUAAAGCAUACUCGCCCACUCGACCACCCACCACCCACCACCCACACACACUCACCCACACACACACUCACCCACACACACACACAGUCUCUCAAAGCAUCAUUGUCCACAAAAAGUAAACAAAAAAAAUAUAAAAUAAAAAAUUUAAGAUGAAACAAGAAGGAAAAAAAAUUAAAAAAAAAACUUAGCCUAAUAAAUUACAAGAAAUAAUAACGGUAAUGAUGAUAAGGAGAAUAAGUAAAAACAAAAAAACAAGAAAAAAAAGGAUAAUGAGGAGGCAGGAGUAACAGAAGUAACACUAAAAUAUAUAUAUAUAUAAAUACAUAUAUAUAUGUAUGAUAUGUAUGAUGUAUGAGGGUAUAUAUAGUAUAUAUGUAUGUAUAUAUAUAAGCGAAUAAACACCAUAUAUAUAUGUAUGCAUAUAUCCCAUUUGAUUCACAUCCGAUCGAAUAAAAUGCUUAAUUUCGAUCAAGAGAGAAAGAGAGAGAGAGAGAGACACCAGAAGGGCUCUACCACUAAUUCAAAUUGGAAAUAAAUAAGAAACGAAAAUAAAAAUUAAUAAAAAUAAAUAGAAACAAAAAACACUCAAAAAGCAUGAAGAAUAAUGUUAAAAAAAAAAAACAAAUGCAAAAAGCCAACUGAGAUGGGGGAAAAAUAAAUAAAAUACAAAAAUAAAAAAACAAAACCAGAAACAAAAGCAACAAGAAUAAUGCAAAACAAAUAAUAAAUAAAUAAAUAAAUAAUAAUUAAAAUUACAAUCGAGGAAGAAAAAGGAAAAAGAAACAAAAAACACAAAAACAUGAAGAAAACAACAAAAAAAACCCAAAAAACAAGAAAAACACAGAACGCAAAACUGCAAAGUAAUUUUGCAUAGUAAGCAGUAAUAAUUAUAAACAUAACUUAUAUUUAAUUUUUUGAAUUACAUCAAUAAAUAUGUUGAAAUUAAAUUUCGA